AUGAAGUCCAGUGUGUUUACGUUAGUGGCUAUAUUAGCCAUUGUUUCGACAACAAUCCCCUCCGCACAUGGCCUAAUGGAGGAUGCCAUUUUAGAGUUUUUGGAUGAGCUAAAAAUGCGUAUGUGCCAUCCCAUACCUAAAUUUGGAUUACCCGCCUUGGAUCCGCUACGAAUUGGUCAUGUUGAAGCCGAAAUGGAUAAUAAAUAUAUUGUCGAUUUCACGGGUUCUGUAACAGAUUUAGAAUUAACAGGCUUGUCUGAUUUUGAGGUGACAUCUCUAAAAAUUACAACCACACCAUUGCGUCGUUCAAAUAUAGAAAUUGUAUUACCCAAAGCGGUAUUGAAAACAUUGUACACCGCAAAGGGCUCCAUUGCUCGUGUUGUUAAUAUGAAUGGUGAUGGUGAAGCUGAGGGUUAUAUUCAGGAUGGUAGAGUAGCAAUUUCCUGGAUUUUCAGCAUUGGUCUCAGCAGUGUUGGUAUUCGCAGUUUAACCAUUGAAAUUAGCCUUGGUGGUCUGUGGGUAAAUAUUGAAGAUAUCAUUGAAGAGCCAAGAAUCAAUGACUUUUUGCAUGCCGUAAUCAAUGAAUUGGGAAUUGAGUUAUUAAACGAUGUCUGGGUGGAAGCUCAAGAUAUGGGUGCUGUAAAAUUUGUUGAAAAUAAAAUUAAUGGCAUUAUGGGCGCAUACUCCCUUACCGAUCUCUUGAAAAUAAUUGGCGGCAUUGUGUCUGGUGGCGGUGGCGAAGGUGGCGGUCCUUUCGAUGGCAUUCCACCAGAUUGCAAACAAAAUAUUGUUGCAGCUUAAGACUGGAUUUGCAUUCAA